AUGAACUUGUUCACUCGCGACAUUCUUGUGGCAAAGAUUCUGGGUGUCAUUUGUGCAUGUGGCUCUUCGUUGGCUGUUGGUCCUGAAGGGCCGAUGAUCCACAUUGGGGCCGCUGCAGGCGUCUUGGUUCUCGGGCAGUGCCGCCGCAUCGACUGGCUUCGACGGGAGGCUGCCACGUACCUUUCCCCGCGCUUCUUUGUCCACGUCUUUGGUGCAUCAUGUCUCUCUCUGGGCACGGUGCUGCUUUGGCAGCAGCUCUGGCAACACACCGGUCAGUACAGCCCUUUGUUUCAGGUUUUCCUGGGGCCAAACUGCUCGUAUAGCGAGUUCAUUUACUACAUCAGCUGUGGAAUGAUUGGCUUGAUUUGUGGCCUUCUGGGCUGUCUCUUCAACCGCGUGGUGCUGGAGAUGAAUUUCAUGAGACAGCGCUUGCGAAGUCAGGGCUGGAGACGUGUGUUUACUGUAGAGAUUGUUCUCAUCGCAGUCUUGUCAAGCUCCAUUACCACUAUUAUGCCCGCAACUGGGGUAUGCCGAGAGAGCACAAUUCAACGCGCCUUUAUGGAUAGCAACCAGUGUAUAGCUGGAGAGUGGGCGGACCAGAUCUUCCAGGGAAGAGAGAACUUUCAGGAAAAAGCGAAGAUGGUCCCCUCUGCAGGUCUGUUUGGAGUGCAGUACAACCCUGACGCCUGUCCCACGGCCAUCUUCAACGACACGCACAUGCAGCCAUGCAAUCUGGAGAAGCUGGGCUUCAAGUUCCCCUCGCAUGUGCCUGAGCGGGAGCGCUACUUCUACUGCUGCGACUUCGACGACAUCGAUUCUUUUCACCGCGGCCAAGUGUAUAGUUUUGUGGAUCCCCGGGCGCCCCUGAAGCUGGACGAGGCCUUCUGGCCAGUUUUUGGCUGCGAGCCGGCUCCUGGCAACAUCAGCAUCCCGAUGUACCGGCCCAUGGCAGCCUUGGCCUUCGUUCCGGGAAGGAUCACUGUAAAAAAUCUCUUCACCCGAGGCUCCCCGAACAUGAUACCCACAAACGCCAUGCUGGCCUUCCUCCCCCUCUACUUCAUUUUGGCUGCGAUCACAUCUGGCGCCGCUGUGCCCAGUGGCCUUGUUGUGCCCAUGAUGAUCAUUGGCGGGUGUGUUGGACGUCUCGUUGGCAACCUUUUGACGCAGAUGUUCCGCGAUGCCUGGACAUGUCCCGCCGGAUGGACGCCUGAGUACAGUUUGCUGCUCAGAUGCAUCUCUGGGAUAGAUGCGGUAGGCAUGUAG